AGACAUAGAAACCAAAUUAAAUAUUGUUAUCAGUAGUAUUAAAAAAUGUAGUGAAAUUAAUGUAGUAGAGUUCUUCUGCCCUGUGGACGAACAUAUGUUUAGAUAACAAAAAGAGAGAGAUAAUGAUGUAUUUUUUUCAUAGCUAUUAAUUACUACUUGAUUUAAGUUAAAUGUUCAGACAUAAGCUGUGACUACUACAUUAUAACGAUAAAAAAUAAACUAAUAUUACAUAGAUCAUCAGCAAUUACCAUGUCUAAGGCGUCUGGGUCGUCAUCUCAAUCACCUAGUGCAGUUGUGGCUCCAGCAGAGGAUAAUUUUGAUUUCCUAUUUAAAAUAGUUCUGAUUGGUGAUUGUGGUACAGGUAAGACAUGUGUAGUGCAACGCUUUAAAAGUGGUACUUAUGCAGAAAAUCAAGGAAAUACAAUUGGUGUAGACUUUUCAAUGAAAACAAUUAAAAUUGAUGGCAAAAAGGUCAAGUUACAAAUUUGGGAUACUGCUGGUCAUGAAAGGUUUCGUACAAUUACUCAAAGCUAUUAUCGAUCAGCCAAUGGUGUGUUAUUAGUUUAUGAUAUUACAAAGCGAGCUACAUUCCUCAACUUACAAAGAUGGGUAGAAGAAGUUCGACGGUACACUUCAUCCAAUGUUUUAUUAGUUUUGAUUGGAAAUAAAUGUGAUCUCGAAGAGAACCGUCAAGUCGAAUUAUCUGAAGCAGAAGCUAUGUGUGAAUAUUUUCCUGAACUACUUUCUGUGUUAGAAACCUCAGCUAAAGAAAAUAAGAAUAUUGAAGAAGCUUUUGUAACCAUAGCAUCUGAACUCAAGAAACAACACGAUCAAAGUGCUCAUAUUGAAGAUGAUCCAAAUCCAGUUAUUAACUUAGGUGAUGGUGAAAAUGUUCAAAAAUGUAAAGGGUGUACUUUGUUGUGAAUUUUAAAUAUUUGUGAAAAUUCUAAAAUAGUAAUUUUAAUAUAACUUAAUAAUAAUAUAAUUAUA